UUGACAACGACAAGCUUAGCAUAAUUUUAGAAUUUUCAACAAAUUCAAAAUAAAUUUUCGUUUCCAACCAGAACGAGAAAUUGAUCUCAUAUUAACAUUCCCGAUAUUAUUACGUAAGUUCGUAAGGACAAUUCCAAGCCAUGGAAUGUGAGCGAGACAUGGCAAUUUAUGUGGCUAUUUGAAAAUCAGUUGAUUGGUGGUAAUUUCAUAAAUUACUUGAUAUUCAAUAAUGGAUAAAUACAUACUUGGUAUAGAUAUAGGAACUACAUCAGUGAAAGUCUGCAUUAUAAAUACAAAGGAUCACAAUGUGGAAGCACAGCAUGGAAAAGACACCCAGUCAAAUAUACCAAGCGAUACAGGGUUUGGUGGCAACAAACAAGAUGUAUCCACUAUUAUUUCGGCUGUAAAUUUGUGUGUGUCUAAACUACCCAAACAGUUGCUUCAGAAAGUUAGUGGAAUUGGAUUAUGCGGCCAGAUGCACGGGAUCAUGUUCUGGAAGAACGACAACGAUCAGAAGGCUUGGGAAAUCGUGGGAAAAGAGAAAAGUGUAAGAUUCGAUGUGGUAAAAGACCGAGUUUCAGCUCUGUACACCUGGCAAGACAACCGAUGUGAUCCGGCAUUCCUAGCCUCCAUUCCAGCGCCUCAAAGUCAUCUCCGAAUCGCUUCUGGAUUUGGGUGUGCCACCUUGUUUUGGAUGGUCAGGAAUAAACCAGAAAAACUGAAGAAGUACAACUGCGCAGGCACAAUUACUGACUUUGCUAUUGCCAUCUUGUGUAAUCUGGACAAACCAGUGAUGGCCAAUCAAAAUGCGGCCUCUUGGGGAUAUUUCGACUGCAAAACCAACUCCUGGAACACAGAAUUGUUGAAAGGAUCGGGAUUUCCAGUAGAUUUACUCCCAGAUAUUAGGGAUACAAGUCAAUUGGCUGGUCGUUUGGUUGACAGUUGGCAUGGCAUACCUAAAGGAACACCUAUUGGAAUGGGCUACGGAGAUAUUCAAUGUUCUGUUUUAUCCACCUUGGAAAACCCAUCAGACGCAGUCUUGAAUAUAUCAACAUCAGCUCAAAUCACUUUUGUAGCUGAAAAUUAUAUCCCUCCAGUAGGACCUCCAACUCAAUCUUCUGUUGAUUAUUUUCCAUACUUUAAUAAUCAAUAUAUCGCUAUUGCCGCGUCUCUGAAUGGCGGAAACAGUUUGGCAACGUUCGUGAAGAUGUUGCAACAGUGGACGUUGGAGUUGGGAUUCAGUGUACCUCAAUCAAAGGUUUGGGAGAAAGUACUGGCUCUAAGUCAAGAUGACAGUGCGGCAUCCAAUUUAGUUAUAGUACCUACCUGCCUGGGUGAAAGACACGCACCUGAAGCUUAUGGUUCCAUACGAAAUAUAAAUGUAGGAAAUUUAGGACUAGGACAAGUUUUUAGAGCACUCUGUAGAGGAUUAUUAGAAAAUUUACAUAGUAUGAUGCCUAAAGAAGUUCUACAAGAAGCCAAAAUAAAACGGAUAGUAGGUAAUGGAUCAGGCCUAUCUCGAAACAUCGUCCUCCAAAAGGAGGUGCAACAUCUCUAUCAGCUCCCUCUAGUGUUCACGAAAGGCGGUGACGCAGCCAAAGGAGCAGCUAUGGGCCUGGCUUUAGUAAGCGACUGUCAAUGCAAAAAUGCCUAGGAAAAUUUAUUGUUAUUAUUAGGAAAAUUGUUGGAUAAUUCUAAGGAGUAUAGAGUGAGAAUACGAUUUUUGAGUGAUAUUUUAAGUCAGCGUCAGUCAUCACAUAGAAUGUAAAGUGUGUUUUAUAUUUUACUUGGAUUGAUUUAUUAAGAAAAAAGAAUGUAAAAAAAAGUGUUUGAUGUUUGGAUGUUUGCCUGUAUUAUCUGAAAUGCCUAAAUGUUUGAUGUGAUAUUUUCGGAUAAGUUAAGUCAGGAACUUAGUUUUCCGAGGCAUAUUUUUUGGUGGAUUAACUUAUUCUAUGAAUGGAUGCGUAUCAUUCUUUCCUAGUUAAAUUUCUAAUGAGAUAAAUAUCUGUAACAUGGGGCCUAUAAAUACAUACCGAAAAGUGUGGUCUGUUUAUUUUAACAUGUAAGACAGCUUAAUGAAAGAUCAAAUGCAUUAAAAAGGGAUAAAAAUUCGGUUGAUACAUUUCUUCUAUGCGGUAUUGUCGGAUUUUGCAUCAAAGUUUCAAACCGCACAAGUAGGCGUUUACGACAAAAAUUCAGUCAUCUUGGGUUGGAAACCAAUGACUAUAGAAUAUAAGGACAUGUAACGCCCAUAUACGGGCUGCAGCAGAAUUUGUGACAUUAGAUGCAAUUUUUUUGAUGGCGACGAAUGAGUCAUCAGCGACUUUAGCGAUUUUAAUAGUUUGUAUAUAGUGAACUUUGUAUAAACUUUAUUACAAUGGCGAUUAGUUGUUCAGCUUUCAAGUGAAAAAAGCCGCAGCGAUAAGAAAGAGCCAGGAGUUACGUUUCAUAGAUAAAUAAACAGUCUGCUCCACCUUUUUAGUGUUUUCUUAGUUUUCUUAUUGAAUUCGAUAAUU